AUCCAAAUACAGACAGGACAAUGUGGCAACCAAGUCGGUACCGCGUUCUGGCAAAAUAUCACUGCCGAACAUGGGCUUGACGGUGAUGGAGUGUACGGCGGGAGUUCGGACACUCAGAAGGAGCGGCUCAAUGUGUAUUUCAACGAGGCCAGAAACAAAUACGUCCCUCGCGCCGUUCUCGUCGACCUGGAGCCCGGAACAAUGGACGCGAUCAAGGCCGGCCCUCUCGGAGGACUUUUCCAUCCCGACAACUACGUGUUCGGACAAGCGGGUGCCGGAAACAACUGGGCGAAAGGCCACUAUACCGAGGGCGCGGAGCUCGUCGAGCAAGUGGUCGAUGUGAUCCGCCGUGAGGUCGAGGAUUGCGACUGCUUGCAGGGCUUCCAGGUCACGCACUCGAUCGGCGGCGGAACUGGCGCAGGAAUGGGCACGCUCUUGCUGGCCAAGGUCCGCGAAGAAUACCCCGAUCGAAUGAUGGCGACCUUUUCUGUGAUGCCGUCGGCCAAGGUCUCGGAAGUGGUCGUCGAGCCAUACAAUGCCACGCUCUCUGUCCACCAGCUGGUGGAGAAUGCGGACCAGACGUUUUGCCUCGAUAACGAGGCCCUCAUUGACAUCUGCCAGCGGACAUUGAAACUCGCCAGCCCGUCAUACGGGGACCUCAAUCAUCUAGUGGCGCUCGUCAUGUCUGGCAUCACAACUGGCUUCCGGUUCCCUGGGCAGCUUAAUUCUGAUCUUCGAAAGAUGGCAGUCAACACCAUCCCCUUCCCCCGCCUGCACUUCUUCAGCGUGGGAUUUGCACCUCUAACUGCCCGUGGAUCUUCGGUUUUCCGAUCAAUGACCGCGCAGGAGCUGGCGCUCCAGCUGUUCGAGCCGAAGAACAUGAUGUCCGCCUCCGAUUUCAGGAACGGGAGGUUCCUAACCUGCUCGGCCAUCUUCCGCGGGAAACUCGGGAUGAAGGACGUCGAGGACCAGAUGUUCAAGAUGCAGAGCAAGAACUCGUCCUACUUCGUCGAGUGGAUCCCAAACAACAUCCAGACGGCCCUGUGCGCCGUCCCGCCGCCAAAGUUAAAAAUGUCCGCGACGUUCGUCGCCAACACGACCGCGUCGCAGGAGGUCUUCAAGCGCAUCGGCGACCAGUUCUCGGUCAUGUUCCGGCGAAAGGCCUUCCUGCACUGGUACACGGCCGAGGGCAUGGACGAGAUGGAGUUCACCGAGGCCGAGUCCAACAUGCACGACCUGAUCUCCGAGUAUCAGCAGUACCAGGACGUCGCGGUGGACGAUGACGAGGAGGAGGGGUACGAGGAGGAGCAGCCGGAUGAGCAGGCCGAGUAG